AUGGCGGGUGUCACGAAUGAACGUUAUUGUACAGUGCUGCUACAGCAAGUGACGGGAGAGAAGACACUACCUGCGUCACAAGAUGAGAUCUUAAAAGAGUUAGAAUCCCCCAAGGUAGAGCUCAAGAUUCGUGCUGUGAAGAGCGCUAUCCUCGCGUUACUUCAGGGCGAGAAGUUACCUAAAGUAUUGAUGCAUAUCAUUCGUUUCUGCUCGACACAAAGUGAUCACACACUUAAGAAAUUACUUAUGAUUUAUUGGGAGAUUGCACCAAAGUACGAGCAAUCAACUACGAGCAUGUCGUCUGAAAUGCCCAAGACGCCGCCCAAAUUGCUGCCCGAGAUGAUUCUCGUGUGUAACGCCCUUCUAAAUGACUUGAACCAUCCAAAUGAAUACAUUCGUGGGUGUAUGCUACGAUUUUUGUGUAAAAUCAAGGAAAAAGACAUUCUGGAACCACUUAAAGACGCUGUCAAGAGCAAUCUCGAACACCGUCACUCGUACGUGAGAAAAAAUGCCGUCAUGACGGUCUAUACAAUGUACAAGUCAUUUGGAGACGUGCUGAUCCCUGAUGCACCGGAACUUAUUGAACGCUUCAUAUUAAAUGAGAGUGAUACGGGAGCUAGACGCAAUGCUUUUCUUAUGCUGAAUGACUGUGCUCAAGACAGAGCUGUGACGUUUUUGAUGAAUGCAAUGGAUCAGGUGGCCAAGUUUGGGGACGGAUUCUCUCUCGUGAUCUUGGAAAUGACACGCAAAGUGUGUCGACAAGACCCUGCGCAGAAAGCACGCUUUGUACGUUGUGUCUUUCAGUUGCUUAACUCGUCGUCUCCUGCUGUAAGUUACGAAGCGGCAUGGACGCUUGUGACACUGUCAGCAGCUCCGACGGCAAUGCGUGCUGCUGCUAAAACCUACUGUGGACUACUUAACUCGCAGAGUGACAACAACGUGAAGCUAAUUGUGCUCGAUCGUCUUGCAGACUUGAAAAAACACCACACGAAGGUGUUGCAAGAGAUCUUGAUGGACGUCAUGCGCGCGCUUAGCUCGCCCAACCUUGAUAUCUGCAAAAAAGUGCUAGAAAUUGCGAUGGAUCUUGUCUCGGUGCGGAACAUUGAUGAGGUGGUGACUCACUUGAAGAGAGAAGUGGUCAAGACGCAGGACAAGACGCGUGAAAAGGCUGGCGAGUACCGACACUUGCUAAUCAAAGCUAUACACGCCUGCGCCGUCAAGUUCUCUGAAGUUGCCAACGCUGUGGUGCAUCUGUUAAUGGAGUUUCUCAACCAGCCGGAUGGCGCUAUGGAUGUCGUUCUCUUUGUGCGUGCGAUGUGCGAAAGUUAUCCGGAGCUACGCGAAAGUAUUUUGCAGAAGCUGAUGAUUUCGUUUGCUGACAUCUCGUUGGCCAAAGUGUAUCGUGUAGGGCUCUGGAUCCUUGGUGAGUACGCUACUUUGCCUUCAGAAGAAGGUACGGAAAGCGACACGUCUAUCUUCGAGGCUGCCAGCACCAUUUUCGGUGCCAUUGGCAAUCUACCGUUGGCCACAGAGGCGAUGCUCAAGUCACCCACGGACAAUUUCGAAGGUGCAGAGGACCCAGCCGCUGCAGGUGCUGCUUAUUCGAAUCCUGUCACUAAGAGCGUUGUCUUGGCAGACGGCACGUACGCGACGGAAACGUCAUAUUCUGCACCUGCCGUAAAAUCAGCUGCGACUGAAGAAGAGAACGUUCCAGGCCUACGGCGUUUGUUGCUGAAUGGAGACUUUUUCCUUGGCGCAGCCGUGGCCUCGACGCUGACCAAGCUGUGUCUCCGUGUAUCAAGUGGUGAUGUGGCUAGCGCUACUGCUCGCAACGCUGCAAUCAAGAAGAUGGUUGUGGAUUCUACACGAUGCAUGUGUGCUAUUGUGGCUUAUGGGCAAUCCAAGUCGAGCAAGCACGAGAUCGACCAGGAGUCUGCACGUCGCAUUCUCAUGGGUUUGCGCGUGCUGCUAGACCCGGCUAGCGCGCAGGCUACACACGCGAUCAUUACAGAGGAAUGCCGUGCUGCGUAUCGCAACCUUCUUGACACACAAAAGGCACACGAAGCAGAAGCUGCGCGUGCUCUGACCGGUGGUGCUGAUGGCCAGCUAGUGACUCAUGCAGACGAUUUGAUUAACUUCCGACAGCUGCGUGGAAAAAAGGCCCUGGGUUCAACUGAUAUUGACAUUGACGAUGGUGCCGACAUUAAUCGUGCUCUUGGUCAGCAGGGUGAUGGCUCUAACAAUGAAUAUGCGAGUGCGAUGCGCCACGUGCACCAGUUGACAGGUUUUGCAGACCCAGUGUACGCCGAAGCUACUGUCACGGUUCAUGAAUAUGAUAUUGUGCUGGAGAUUUUGGUGGUAAACCGCAUUCCCCAGACACUUACUAACCUGACGGUGGACUUGUCUACUAUUGGUGACCUCAAGCUCGUGGAGCGCCCUCAGCCGCAUACUAUCGGGCCGCUUGACCAGCGCACGAUCCGUGCCAACAUUAAGGUGAGCUCUACUGAAACGGGUCACAUCUUUGGUACUAUCGUGUACGAUUCAGCAUCAGGUGCUGAAAAGACGUACAUUAAUUUGAACGAUAUCCACCUGGAUAUCAUGGACUACAUCAAGCCAGCCACGUGCACAGACGCAGCAUUCCGUGCUAUGUGGGCCGAGUUCGAGUGGGAGAACAAGGUGGCCGUGCACACGGAGUUGUCGAACGUUUUCGAGUUUUUGCAGCAUGUGGUAGACAAGACGAACAUGCGUUGCAUGACGCCCACGGCGUCGCUUGGUGGCGACACAAACUUUUUGGCUGCGAAUCUAUAUGCCAAGAGUGUAUUUGGCGAGGAUGCACUCGUGAAUCUCAGCGUCGAGAAGCAGGACAGCGGUCGUAUCGCUGGUUACAUCCGCAUCCGCAGUAAGACUCAAGGUAUUGCGCUCAGCUUAGGUGAUCGUAUUACAGCUGUGCAGCGUGGCAAGGAUGACCAAGGUAAGCGUAAGAAGCUCCUUGCUUAG